AUGAGCUUGAAGAGGUACAGUUACAGCGUGGACGGUACCAUACCCGUCCCAGCUCUUCUGUACGACGAUGAGGUUCUCCUCUCGUCACAAGAUGGGGUGGGAAUCUACGACGGGCCUCAGAAAUCACCACAUCAUCAGGCUGGUUCGAUUCACAUCACCACCCAUCGGCUGUUCUACAUAGACAGCGCCCACCCCUUCUCGCGAUCCUUUGCGCUGGACCUGACGCACGUCGCCCGGACCGAAUAUUACGCUGGCUUGUUUACGAGCUCGGCGAAGGUCACCCUGCACUUCAACGCGCUCCCCAUCCCUACGAAGGACGCGGCCGCCGCUCAGCCAUCUUCCAACCAAGCAUCGAGGUCAACGACGAACGUCGAGACAUGGGAAUGCGAGGUUUGCAGCAAUCGGAACCCCAUAGGACUGACAUCCUCGGGAUCGCUGGUGUGCGCACUAUGCGGUGUUCCGAGGGCAUCUAUGAAGGCCGCCAUUGACAUUCCAUCGCGGCCCUCCAAAGUCACCCCUGCAGUCCACCCCAUGUCCACAUCCGUGCCGUCUUCUUCGCUCAAUUUGACCAAGCUCAGCAUCUCGGCCGCACCUUCCCCAGCACCGGCGAGCCCCGUCGCACAAAGCAGCACAGGUGAAAUCGCCUGCCUCGCGUGCACCUUUCUCAACGGCCCUUUCGUGCGAAAGUGUGAGAUCUGCGGUACGCCGCUGCCCAAGCCGGCGCGGUCAGAAGCUCCCCAUCCUCCGGCUAAGUCCGCCCCAACAUCACGUCCGACGACGCCUGCUCUAGAAGAAGACGACUUCGAGGACACCCCAGAUAAGCGGAUGAUUAGGCUAAGCUUCCGCAGAGGCGGCGACAAGAGCUUCUAUAAUGUGCUGAAGCGAAGUCUGCUAGGAAAGGCAUGGGAGGUGCGGUCGGCACUAAUGGUAUCAUCUCAGUCCAGCGGCGCAGGAGCUUCGUCCAGACAUCUUGGACGGUCAGGAAUCAACGGUAUCCUGCGGUCGGUGGAGACUACCGCGACCACCUCUCAGUCCAAUAUGGAAGAUGCGCUCGCCGAUCUCGAGGCACUCAUGGUCAAAUGGAAAGACAUGGUCAAACUCGCACAAGACCUGAACGACCGCCUCACCGCCGCGUCCACCCCAGCCCCUCCCAUAACACCCGGGAUGCCCAGCCGGACAUCAACUCCCGUUCCUAUCACAGCCACAGCGCUCACGACGCAAGCGGUGGAACCGGAGGAGGCGACGUUCAUACGGUCGUCGCUUGCGCAGCUCGGGCUGCAGAUGGCGAACGCGCCCGUGACGCAGGACAUGGUGCGCGACGAGCGCAACUGGUUUGAGCAGCUCGCGCGUGAGCUCGCGGGCGUGCUCGAGGGCAGCGGCGCGAAGGUAGGUGGGGAGGGUAUGAUGCGCAAGCGCGGCAUAGUUGGGGUAGAUGAGGUAUGGGGCGGGUGGAACCGUGCGCGCGGUGUUGCGCUCAUACCACCAGCCACAUUCCUGCAAGUGCUGCCCCAUUUGUCGAGCUUCACGCAUCCACCAAUCCGGAUGCGCACAUUUUCCGCUUCGGGGCUCUCGGUGCUGCAUACGCCUCCCUACGGCAGCGCAGCGUUCGCCUCCCGUCUUGUCAGCCUGCUCACACUUGCGGGCCCGCGUACGACGAUCGAGAUCGCGCAGGAGGAAGACCUGCCACCAGGUCUGACACAGGACAUGGUCGACGAGGUCGAGGCCGCCGGCGAGAUCUGCAGGGACGAGGGCGGCUCUGGCGUCGCCACCUUCGGCGCCACGGCAGCCCAGGACGCUGCUGCGGGCGGCGAGGUGCGCUGGUGGACGAACGUGUUCCGGGGAUACGUCUGGGACGGGCAGGAGUACGAAAGCGGCCUCCUCCAAGCAUAG